AUGGUGCGCCCUUCUGGCCUACUAACCCGCCAAGAGGAACCAGUGCCAUUGAAGAGCAUCUGUGUGACCUUGUCCAUUCGUGAGUUUGUGGCUGGUGUGGCUGCUACCUUAAACUAUGAAAAUGAAGAGAAAUUUCCUUUGGAGACCUUCUUUGUGUUCCCCAUGGAUGAAGAUUCAGCUGUCUACAGCUUUGAGGCCAUGGUGGAUGGGAAGACAAUUAAAGCAGAAUUAAAGGAUAAGAAGAAGGCCCACAUCAUCUAUGAGAGUGCCAUCAGCCACCGCCACCAAGCUUUCCUCCUGGAAGAGGACAAGUGCUCCAGGGACGUCUUCUGUUGCAAUGUGGGGAACUUGCAACCUGGGUCAAAGGUGGCACUCACCCUGAAGUACGUGCAGGAGCUGCCCCUGGAAGCGGAUGGGGCCCUGCGCUAUGUGCUCCCAGCUGUCUUGAAUCCUCGAUACCGUUGCUCUGGAUCGCCUGAGGACAGUUGCCUUGAUUUGAAGACUCCCAUAGUCCCUUUGGAUGACUUGCCCUAUGCGUUCAGCAUGACUGCCACUGUCAGUUCCCAGCAUGGCAUUGAGACGAUCCAGUCCAACUGCCCCUUGAGUCCUAUUGAGUACCUUGGAGAUAAGAAGACUUCUGCCCAGAUUUCCUUGGCUGAUGGACACAAAUUUGAUCGAGAUGUGGAACUCCUGAUUUACUACAGGGAGGUGCAUACCCCCAGUGUAGCUGUGGAGUUGGGGAAUCCUAAAAACAACCCAGAUGGUUUGAUGAAAGAUCCGUCUGCGAUGGUGUGUUUCUACCCAAAUAUCCCAGAAGUUGAGCCAUCAGCUAUCUGUGGAGAAUUCGUCUUCCUCAUGGACUGCUCAGGGAGUAUGCAGUGCCCCAUAAGUAAACAGGAUAAAUCACAGUUGCGCAUAGAGGCAGCCAAGGAAACACUGAUUUUGCUGCUGAAGAGUUUGCCUGUAAACUGUCAUUUCAAUAUCUAUGCAUUUGGAUCUUCCUUCGAGGCAUUCUUUCCGAAUAGUGUGAAAUACACUCAGGAUACCAUGGAAGAGGCACUGAGGAGAGUUAAACUCAUGCGGGCGGACCUAGGGGGCACGGAAAUCUUGACACCACUCCAGGUCAUUUACAGAGAACCUUCCAUCCCGGGCCACCCCCUACAGCUUUUUGUCUUCACAGAUGGAGAAGUUACUGACACGUUCAGUAUAAUUAAAGAAGUUCGGAACCACAGACUGAGGCACAGAUGUUUCUCCUUUGGGAUUGGAGAAGGAGCCUCCACCAGCCUCAUAAAGGCAUGUCGGCCCGGUAGAGGUGCACUCAGGGUAAUUUAUCACAGAGACAGGAUGCAGGCCAAGGCACUUAGGGCCCUGAAACACGCUCUACAGCCCGCAGUAGAGGAUGUUUCUGUGAACUGGGAUUUGCCUCGUGGUCUGUCUGCUAAAACACUUUCACCAGAACAGACUGUCCUCUAUAAGGGUCAGAGGUUAAUUGUCUAUGCCCAGUUGACUGGGACCAUGCCGGUGAAAGAGGGAACAGGAGAAGUUUGCCUCAACUACACACUCCAGGGCAAGAGUUGUGAGAAUAAGGUGACAUUUUCCCUACAACCCAAGCUUGAUGACAACUUCACUAUUCACCGCCUUGCUGCCAAGGCCUUUCUCCAGAGCAUGGACAUAGGCUUCGGGGAGACUCCAGCAAAAACUAAAAAAGAUGUGCUGAAAGUCAGCAUUGACUGUGGAGUCAUAAGCUCCCACACAGCUUUCAUUGCCAUCAACAAGGAUGUCAACAAGCCAGUUCAGGGGCCCCUGGCUUGUAGGGACAUUCCAAGGCCGGUUCUGCUGGGUGCUGCUGUGCAGAUGCCACAAUGCAAAAGAGUUGCUCAUUUAAAGGCCUGGUCCUCCUACCCACCUCGUGCAUCUCGGCCCACACAGACCAAUCAGUACUUGAGCAUGUCAUGUCAACUGAAUGUUCACAAAAGUCUCUGUAAGCCCAUGGUUAACGAGGGCCUGUGCUCUCCAGGGUCUGCUAGGAUCUUUGGCUGUAGGCAUGGUUCACAGCCUCCACCAAAUAUCUUCCAAGCAAUGGAACUGCCUGUCCAAGACACAAUGCCCCAGGAAUUGAAGGACCUUGAUGCUGGCUCCUGGGGAUUUGACCUUCCCACCAGAGCACCGCCAGUCUUUGGAGAGACUUAUCUGGUGCAGCUGAUAUCCCUCCAAAAUGCAGAUGGUUCCUGGGAUCUAGAUGAAGAUCUGGCCAGGAUCCUAGGUAUAAGUUUGAAAGACCUAUGGUCUGCACUCCCUGUCAAGGAUGCAGAUUCCUCAAGCUGGGCCACAGUCCUGGCGGUGGUUUGGCUACAUGCCAAGGCUAAGCACCAGAAGUGUGAGUGGGAACUUCUGGAAAAGAAGGCCAGAACCUGGAUUAACAGUAAUGCAGGCUCCAUCAAGAAAAAGCUUGUGAAAGCUGCUAUUGCUUUUACCAAGUCCUCCGUGGACCCUGCUGUCUUUGGGAUCUGA